CUUGUGCAGUGCGCAGGCUUAAACCAUCUGUCCUUCGCUCCCGCCAGCAACGACAAGUCUCUGCAGUUGGGCAGCGCUGCUGGCCCGCGGGUGUCGGAGAGCCCGGCCGAGAAUGGCAGCGACCCGGGCAAGAAGAGGAAGCGAGCAGACGUUCCUCCAGAUGGUGGCAGAAAUCUAAGCCUUGACUCCAUUCCGAUGGGCUUGCCAAUGUCAGAUCCAACUGCGUGGGCCACCGCGAUGAACAAUCUGGGGAUGGCUCCCAUGGGGAUGACAGGACAGCCCCUCCUGCCUGAUUUUGAUCCUGCUCUUGGGAUGAUGACUGGAAUCCCUCCAAUCAACCCCAUGAUGCCGGGCUUGGGGAUAGUCCCACCUCCCAUCCCUCCGGACAUGCCUGCUGUGAAGGAGAUCAUUCACUGCAAAAGCUGCACUCUCUUCCCACCGAACCCACAUCUUCCCCCUCCAGCAACAAGAGAGAGGCCCCCAGGAUGCAAGACGGUGUUUGUUGGAGGGCUGCCAGAAAACGGGACCGAGCAGAUCAUCAUGGAGGUGUUUGAGCAGUGUGGGGAAGUCAUAGCUAUUCGGAAGAGUAAGAAGCAUUUCUGUCAUAUCCGCUUCGCUGAGGAGUUCAUGGUGGACAAGGCACUGUAUCUUUCUGGCUAUCGCAUCCGGCUGGGCUCCAGCACUGACAAGAAGGAUACCGGGCGCCUGCACGUGGAUUUUGCCCAGGCUCGGGAUGAUCUGUACGAGUGGGAGUGUAAGCAGCGGAUGCUGGCGAGGGAGGAGCGCCAUCGCAGGAGGCUGGAAGAGGAGCGCUUCCGCCCGCCCUCCCCACCUCCUGUCGUGCAUUACUCCGACCACGAGUGCAGCGUUGUCGCUGAGAAGCUGAAAGAUGACACAAAGUUCUUGGAAGCCAUACAGACCUUGCUGACCUGGAUAGAGCGUGGAGAAGUGAACAGGAGGACUGCCAACAACUUCUACUCCAUGAUCCAGUCGGCCAACAGCCACAUUCGCAGGCUGGUGAACGAGAAAGCGGCUCAUGAGAAGGAGAUGGAAGAAGCUAAAGAGAAGUUCAAACUUGCGCUCUCAGGGAUUCUGGUUCAGUUCGAGCAGAUAGUGGCCGUGUACCAUUCUGCCUCCAAACAAAAGGCUUGGGACCAUUUCACGAAAGCUCAGCGUAAGAACAUCAGCGUGUGGUGCAAACAAGCAGAGGAAAUUCGUAACAUACAUAAUGAUGAACUAAUGGGUAUUCGAAGAGAGGAGGAAAUGGAAAUGUCUGAUGAAGAAAUAGAAGAUCCUUCAGAGAUGAAAGAAACAGAAGAAUCAGCGCUGGUGUCGCAGGUGGAAGCCCUGAAAGAAGAAAACGACAGUCUGCGCUGGCAGCUGGAUGCCUACCGGAACGAGGUGGAGCUGCUGAAGCAGGAGCAAGGCAAAGCGAGCAGGGACGAGGACACAACCAAGGAGCAGCAGAUGAAGCUUCUCCAGCAGGCUCUGCAGGGCAUGCAGAAGCAUCUUCUGAAAGUACAAGAUGAAUGCAAAAAGAGAGAAGCUGAGCUAGAAAAAGUGAGAGAAGACAAACUAAAAAUAGAAGCGUUAUUAGAAAACCUGAAGGAGCAGGAGAGCAGUGCGUCCAGAGUUUGUGUGUGCAGCCAGGAGAAGGAAUGUCCAGUUGAGAAGACAUUGAGCAACAGUCCUGUGAAAUCUGAACGAGAAGUUCUGUUAGUUGGAAUAAUUUCAACGUUUCUCCACGUGCACCCGUUUGGAGCAAGCAUAGAGUACAUCUGUUCCUACCUGCAGCGUCUGGACAGCAAAAUUUGCACUGCGGAAGUAGAAGUUCUCAUGACUCGACUCCAGAACACGUUCAGGCAGGAGCUGAGUGGGGUUGGGGCCAGCCUAGAGAAAAGGUGGAAGUUUUGUGGCUUCGAUGGAUUGAAAAUGACUUGA